AUGAGAAAUUUGAAGCCAUGUUUUUCCUCGAUUCGUAAAGAUGGAAGGAGUGAAGGGCCCGGGAAGGUCUUCCAAAUACUUGAGUGUUCUAUAUCAAUGAUGAAAGAUUUUGAACUGGGCGAGAGGAUUUCUGAAGCAUUGCAAUCGUGGAGUCCUGCUGAUAUUAUAAGGAGGAUCAUUACUGGACAGACUUCUUUAAUGUCAGAGUUUCUGAGGAUAUUCUCAGUUAAGGAAAAUGUUGUAGCCAAUAGGUCCUUCGUCGAUCCAAGGUUCUCCUUAGAGUUGAAUAUUUUACUUGAAUGCUAUGCCAAAAUCUUGGAAUUUCCCUUCCAGGAUGCAGUAGAAAUUGUUUUGGGAGUUUCAAGUGGUCGGAAGCCCUUGGAGGCAUUAAGUACAGCAGUUGUUGACUGGAUGAAUUUCGCCGUGUUUUUUAAUGCUUGGAACCUAAAUUCUUGUGAGAUAAGGCUUUCAGAAAAAGACAGUUCUAGCUCUGGUACUUGGCAGUUGGCAUCUUGUGAACUCGCUGACGAAGAAGUAUUUGCUAUAGAAGAUUGGAUCUACAGAGAUGGAAGUAGUGAAGGGCCCAGGAAGGUCUUCCAAAUACUUGAGUCUUCUAUAUCAAUGAUGAAAGAUUUUGAACUGGGCGAGAGGAUUUCUGAAGCAUUGCAAUCGUGGAGUCCUGCUGAUAUUACAAGGAGGAUCAUUAAUGGACAGACUUCCUUAAUGUCGGAGUUUCUGAGGAUAUGUAAAUUGAAAGUUAAAUCAUUUGAAGCACUUAAACUUCAAUUUAGCUCAUAA